GCGGGGUCUCCCCGCCACAGGGGCUGGAAUGGUGGGGGCUGCUGAAGCCGCCAUCUUGGAUUCCGCGGUAGCGGAGGCGGCGGUCAGGCGCCGCUUCUGGGGAGUGGCCUUUCUCUUCCCCUCCCUCCCGGUUCGGUGGCGGCGGCUCCUCCCACUCGGGGGGGGUGGCGCGGCGGCGGUGGCAUCUACGGCCAUGGCGGCGACUACUGCCAACCCCGAAAUGACAUCAGAUGUACCAUCACUGGGUCCAGCCAUUGCCUCUGGAAACCCUGGACCUGGAAUUCAAGGUGGAGGAGCCAUUGUCCAGAGGGCUAUUAAGCGGCGAUCAGGGCUGGAUUUUGAUGAUGAUGGAGAAGGGAACAGUAAAUUUGUGAGGUGUGAUGAUGAUCAGAUGUCUAACGAUAAGGAGCGGUUUGCCAGGUCGGAUGAUGAGCAGAGCUCUGCGGAUAAAGAGAGACUUGCCAGGGAAAAUCACAGUGAAAUUGAACGGCGGCGACGGAACAAGAUGACAGCCUACAUCACAGAACUGUCAGAUAUGGUACCCACCUGUAGUGCCCUGGCUCGAAAACCAGACAAGCUAACCAUCUUACGCAUGGCAGUUUCUCACAUGAAGUCCUUGCGGGGAACUGGCAACACAUCCACUGAUGGCUCCUAUAAGCCAUCUUUCCUCACUGAUCAGGAACUGAAACAUUUGAUCUUGGAGGCAGCAGAUGGCUUUCUGUUUAUUGUCUCAUGUGAGACAGGCAGGGUGGUGUAUGUCUCUGACUCCGUGACUCCUGUUUUGAACCAGCCACAGUCCGAAUGGUUUGGCAGCACACUCUAUGAUCAGGUGCACCCAGAUGAUGUGGAUAAACUUCGUGAGCAGCUUUCCACCUCAGAAAAUGCCCUGACAGGGCGUAUCCUGGAUCUAAAGACUGGAACAGUGAAAAAGGAAGGUCAGCAGUCUUCCAUGAGAAUGUGUAUGGGCUCAAGGAGAUCGUUUAUUUGCCGAAUGAGGUGUGGCAGUAGCGCUGUGGACCCAGUUUCUGUGAAUAGGCUGAGCUUUGUAAGGAACAGAUGCAGGAAUGGACUUGGCUCUGUAAAGGAUGGGGAACCUCACUUCGUGGUGGUCCACUGCACAGGCUACAUCAAAGCCUGGCCCCCAGCAGGUGUUUCCCUCCCAGAUGAUGACCCAGAGGCUGGCCAGGGAAGCAAGUUUUGCCUAGUGGCCAUUGGCAGAUUGCAGGUAACUAGUUCUCCCAGCUGUACAGACAUGAGUAAUGUUUGUCAACCAACAGAGUUCAUCUCCCGACACAACAUUGAGGGGAUCUUCACUUUUGUGGAUCACCGCUGUGUGGCUACUGUUGGCUACCAGCCACAGGAACUCUUAGGAAAGAAUAUUGUAGAAUUCUGUCAUCCUGAAGACCAGCAGCUUCUAAGAGACAGCUUCCAACAGGUGGUGAAAUUAAAAGGCCAAGUGCUGUCUGUCAUGUUCCGGUUCCGGUCUAAGAACCAAGAAUGGCUCUGGAUGAGAACCAGCUCCUUUACUUUCCAGAACCCUUACUCAGAUGAAAUUGAGUACAUCAUCUGUACCAACACCAAUGUGAAGAACUCUAGCCAAGAACCACGGCCUACACUCUCCAACACAAUCCAGAGGCCACAACUAGGUCCCACAGCUAAUUUACCCCUGGAGAUGGGCUCAGGACAGCUGGCACCCAGGCAGCAGCAACAGCAAACAGAAUUGGACAUGGUACCAGGAAGAGAUGGACUGGCCAGCUACAAUCAUUCCCAGGUGGUUCAGCCUGUGACAACCACAGGACCAGAACACAGCAAGCCCGUUGAGAAGUCAGAUGGUUUAUUUGCCCAGGAUAGAGAUCCAAGAUUUUCAGAAAUCUAUCACAACAUCAAUGCGGAUCAGAGUAAAGGCAUCUCCUCCAGCACUGUCCCUGCCACCCAACAGCUAUUCUCCCAGGGCAACACAUUCCCUCCUACCCCCCGGCCGGCAGAGAAUUUCAGGAAUAGUGGCCUAGCCCCUUCUGUAACCAUUGUCCAGCCAUCAGCUUCUGCAGGACAGAUGUUGGCCCAGAUUUCCCACCACUCCAACCCCACCCAAGGAGCAGCCCCAACUUGGACCCCUACCACCCGCUCAGGCUUUUCUGCCCAGCAGGUGGCUACCCAGGCUACUGCUAAGACUCGUACUUCCCAGUUUGGUGUGGGCAGCUUUCAGACUCCAUCCUCCUUCAGCUCCAUGUCCCUCCCUGGUGCCCCAACUGCAUCGCCUGGUGCUGCUGCCUACCCUAGUCUCACCAAUCGUGGAUCUAACUUUGCUCCUGAGACUGGACAGACUGCAGGACAAUUCCAGACACGGACAGCAGAGGGUGUGGGUGUCUGGCCACAAUGGCAGGGCCAGCAGCCUCAUCAUCGUUCAAGUUCUAGUGAGCAACACGUUCAACAACCGUCAGCACAGCAACCUGGCCAACCUGAGGUCUUCCAGGAGAUGCUGUCCAUGCUGGGAGAUCAGAGCAACAGCUACAACAAUGAAGAAUUCCCUGAUCUAACUAUGUUUCCCUCCUUUUCAGAAUAGAACUAUUGGGGUGAGGAUAAGGGGUGGGGGAGAAAAAAAUCACUGUUUGUUUUUAAAAAGCAAAUCUUUCCGUAAACAGAAUAAAAGUUCCUCUCCCUUCCCUUCCCUCA